AGGGAUUCAGGUGAGGACGAUGACGAUGAUCCGGACUCUAGGGAGGCGAGGACGGGUUUGAAUACUUCAUCGGUCCUGCGUAGGAAAUGCGUGCGGAAAUUAUAGGUGGUGAAUUUGGAUGCAGCGGAUUUGGUAGCGUUGUACAGUGUCUGGACCUGAGCCAAGGUUGGAGCUGGGGCCAUGAUGUUGAAGGUGAUAGUGGUUGAAGAGUUGAAGUAGAGACGACUGGAUGAUGAAGAAGCGACUUUUAUCAUUCGAGCGGAGUUGACCGCUAACUCUGUAUUCAUGCAUGAUCAUGCAUUCAACCAUGUCCUCGGUAGGGUCAUCAGUCGAGUCAGGGGAUGACCAGGUGCUGGCCCCGCUGCCGUCCAGGUCAGAGGUGCAAGAGUAUGCUGCUCUCGUGCGGAACUUGGAGCGUCGGGAACGAACACUGGGCAAGCGUCUCUUGCUUCGACCAGACGACGAUUUCAACGUGGAGAGCGAGCUCGAAAGUUCUGACGACAAUCACGUCGAUGACGGGCUCCAUGCAUCAUCGCGACCAAGACGACCGAGGAACGGAAGGUUUCGUGAGACUAAUCGACCCCGGCUGGUGAGGUCUAGACGCCAAUACACUUAUGAAGAGGACGACCGGUGGCCACUUGAGCCGAAGGCGUUGACCGGGACAAGCAUAGAAGCCGUCAUUGAGGACGUUGCGGCGACGCAGAUCCUUGAGCAGCAGUUGCCAAUGAGCAAUUCUCCUGAAGAUGAUGCCUAUGUCCCUCUUACGCUGGUGCAAGCCACGGAAGUCUAUCUGAACAAGGUCUUAAUCGAGUUGGCGGGGCUGAGACCCAUGGACUUUGGUCACAGACGACGAGUUAUGCCCACCAUGACAUGGGAGAGUGUGCUGAGCGCGGCGAUGAUGGUCGGGGACUCCUCGAUCGUCCUCGACGCCGCAGAAAUGAUUCGUAAAGCACUGCACCCGGAGAGUGGGGAGAGUGUUCACGAACAUCGUCUCAAGGUGAUGCAAAAGUAUCGCCAUCGACCCGUUACGAUGGACGCACUUCUGUCAAGUAUCAUACCUGGUGGACCCAGGCUGAAACGAGCCCACCAGUCCGAGGCCGAGGUCGAAGCUCGAGCUGCGAAGCGAGCUGCAAGGCAAGAACUGCGGCAAGCCAAGGCUCAAGCAAAUGCCGAACGUGUCGCAAGACGAGAGGCUCGACGGGCAGCGAAACGAACGAAUGAGCACAAGCGCGAACGCAAACUGAAAUAGUCACAUAUGAUGGUCAUUUGGAAGCUCUCCGAGCUGUACGCCCCUCUUCUCGAAAUACAACCGUUCCUUCCAAUGACCGAUCCCUACAACACAUCCUGAGUGUUCUCGCGCCAGUCUCUUCGAGGUGCGAACCACCAACGGCUCAGGCCACGGUCCGUCUGGAGGCUCGACCGCUUUUCGCUUGGAGGCAAGCCACGAGGACAUUUCGGCAUCGAUCAGGGGCUCAAGAGAUCGCCAUUGAGGUCGAGACCGAAUUACUAAAGGAGCGAUGGCCUCAGCUCGACCUUCAAAGCCAUUUGGGUCAAGAUC